AUGAGAGGGUUUCUUAGUAUUACCUUGGUGCUUUCUCACCUUCUGCUGCUCACUGAUUAUGGCUUUUCACAUCCCUUGUGCACUAAUAUGAAGUCACCUUUUACCCCAAAGACCCCGCUUGUUUUCUGUGAAUACAAUGGUAGCGUUUGCUGUAAUUCCACUGAAGAUAUGCAGCUGCAGAAUCAAUAUAAAGCAAUGAAUGUCUUUGAGCUUGGCUGCGCUUCUCUUCUGAAAUCAAUACUCUGCUCGAGAUGUGAUCAGUUCUCAGCAGAGCUAUAUCGAAUUGAAUCUGCACCACGGAAAGUUCCUGUUCUCUGCAAUUCCACCGUUUCAGCAAAUUCAACCCAGUCUCAAGUCACUGAAGUUGACUUCUGUUGGAAGGCUUGGGAUGAAUGCCAAAAUGUAUCUAUAUUAAAUUCUCCCUUUCAAUUGCAAGGUGGAUUGCCACUUAAUUCUACUUCCAAGCUAGCUGAUAUAUGGCAGUCGAAAAGUGCUUUCUGCAAUGAAUUUAGUGGUGCUUCUGAAGCUGGAGAGUUAUGUUUUGAUGGUGGACCAGUUGUACUAAAUCAUACUCAAAAUUUGAGCCCACCAAGUGGUAUGUGCCUUGAGAAAAUUGGGAAUGGAUCCUACCUUAAUAUGGUGGCUCAUCCUGAUGGCUCGAAUCGCGUCUUCUUAUCUGACCAACCAGGCAAGAUAUGGUUGGUAACAGUCCCUGAGGAGGGAUCAGAAGAACCAUUGGCAGUUGAUAAAUUGAAUCCUUUUCUUGAUUUAACUGAUCGAGUAUAUUCUGACACUCAGCUUGGGAUGAUGGGAAUAGCAUUUCAUCCGAACUUUCAACAGAAUGGCCGCUUCUUUGUUUCUUAUAACUGUGAUAAGGUAAAGUCGCCAGAAUGUUCAGGAAUAUGUUCAUGUAACUCAGAAGUGAUAUGCGAUCCUUCAAAGCUAGACUCUGUCAAUGGGGCUCAACCAUGUCAAUAUUCCAGCGUCAUAGCAGAAUUUACUGCUAAUGGUACCACAUUGCAACCUUCCUUGGCAACAAGUGCCGAACCCCUGGAAGUCAGAAGAAUAUUCACUAUGGGUCUUCCAUUUGCUAAUCAUCAUGGUGGUCAGAUUCUUUUUGGACCUGAAGAUGGUUACUUGUACUUCAUGAUGGGAGAUGGUGGAAGCAAUGGUGACCCAUACAAUUUUGCACAAAACAAGAAGUCCUUGCUCGGAAAGAUUAUAAGGCUGGACAUAAAUAACAUAUCGAGUGCAAUGGUGAUUGCUGGCCUUGGUCAAUGGGGAAAUUAUUCUGUCCCUGGAGAUAAUCCAUUUGAUGAAGAUAAAGAACUGCAGCCCGAAAUUUGGGCAUUAGGAUUUAGAAACCCUUGGCGAUGUAGUUUUGAUUCAGAAAGGCCUUCCUACUUCCUAUGUGCAGAUGUUGGCCAGGAGCAAUAUGAAGAGGUGGAUAUAGUGACCAAGGGUGGCAACUACGGAUGGCGUGUCUAUGAGGGACCCUUUCUUUACAAUCCCCCAACUUCACCUGGGGGAAAUACGUCUGCUAGCUCCAUUGAUUCAAUUUUCCCUGUAAUGGGAUACAACCAUGCUGAUGUAAACAAUAGUAUAGGAUCUGCAUCAAUCACAGGUGGCUACUUUUAUCGGUCCAUGACUGAUCCGUGCAUGUAUGGAAGGUACCUUUAUGCAGAUUUGUAUGCUGGUGGCAUGUGGGCAGGUAUAGAAACCCCAACAGACAGUGGAAACUUCACUAGCACUCGGAUUCCUAUCAGUUGUGCUCAGGACUCUCCUAUCAAGUGCAGUACUGAAGCAGCAAGCUCUCUUCCUGAAUUGGGCUACAUAUUCUCUUUUGGUGAGGAUAACAGGAAGGAUGUCUUCAUCCUAGCCAGCAGUGGGGUGUAUAGAGUUGUUCGUCCGAGUCGCUGCAACUACACCUGCUCCAAGGAAAAUGUUACAGCUCUUACUCGUCCAAAAUCUAUUCCUCCUCCUUUCAACUCAACGAGUAGGCGGUCGAGCAAUCCAUUAAUGGAGCUGGUGCUCUUGAUUUUAUCAUUGCUGCUUUUGUUUGGUUCUUCUUGUAAUCUAUAG